AUGCUUGUGCAUACACCCUUCCCCGUUCUGGUCAUUUUUAUGGGCUGGCUCAUUGUCUCUGGACAUGGCUCGCUCUGCAUUUCCCCUCUUGUUGCCGGAAAUUCGACGCCCAGCCAACCGUUCUGGUUGGAGGACAUGGUACAAAGGGGAACGUCUGCCUUCAACGCUGACCCAGCGACAUAUCAGGUCUACCGCAACGUCAAGGAUUAUGGAGCAACUGGUGACGGUGUAACGGAUGACACUGCAGCUGUCAACUAUGCUAUAUCAUUUGGCGAUCGUUGUGGUGAAGGUUGUGGGUCUGCUACUACUUCUCCAGCAGUGGUGUAUUUCCCGCAAGGCACCUAUUUGGUCUCUGAACCUAUCAUCGCGUACUAUUAUACCGUGAUCGUCGGCGAUGCCAAAGUUCCUCCAACCAUCCUCGCAGCUCCCAACUUCACAGGAAUUGCAGUUAUCGAUGCGGACCCAUACGAUGCAUAUGGCAACUGGUAUACUAACCAGGACAACUUUUAUCGCUCCGUGCGGAACUUCGUGAUUGACCUGACGCAGAUGCCUGCUUCUGCCUCUGCUACUGGUAUUCACUGGCAGGUUUCACAAGCCACCUCCUUGAUGAACCUCGUUUUCGACAUGUCGACUGAACCUGAAAACAACCACCAGGGAAUUUACAUGGAAGAUGGGAGCGGUGGCUUCAUGGGUGACAUGGUUUUCAAUGGAGGGAAAUAUGGCCUAUGGGUCGGCAACCAGCAAUUCACUGUGCGGAACAUCACUGUGAAUGGCGCCAACACUGCGGUAAGUGUCACUCUGAGGCCAAGCACGUGGUCGACACCAACUGAUCUCUCUCCACAGGUAUACGGGCUGUGGUCUUGGGGCUGGACCUACCAGCGCAUCAAUAUCAACAACUGUGAAAUAGGUUUUGAUCUCACAAUCGGCACUGCGAAUGGAAGCGCUCAAGGAAUUGGCUCGGAAGCCAUCAUCGAUGCAACUGUCACUAACACACCAAUCUUCGUUCAACGAUCUGCAACGAGCAACCACACUUUGGAUGGUUCACUUGUCUUGAGUAAUGUUCAGCUCGACAAUGUGACUACUGCUGUCGGUGUCGUAGGUGGCGAAGUUUUGUUGGCCGGUGGCACACUCAGAAUCGACGCAUGGGCGCAAGGAAAUGUCUAUGCCGGAUCAAAUCCAAAUGGGACGUACACUCAAGGCUAUAUCGAUCCUCUCCUCAAAUCUCCUGUUGUGUUGGAUAGCACGGGGAAGAUCUUCUCCAAGGGCCAUCCCCAGUACGCUGACUACUCGGCAAGCCAGUUCAUGAGUGUGAAAUCUCAAGGUGCGGCAGGUGAUGGCCAUACCGACGAUACUGCGGUCAUUCAGAGGGUCUUCGACGAGUAUGCUGGAUGUUACAUCAUCUAUUUCGACGCCGGAACCUACAUCGUCACUUCCACGAUCACUAUCCCGGCGGGUACCCAAGUGGUCGGCGAGGCCUGGUCGACAAUCAUGGGAAGUGGAGCGUACUUCCAGAACAUGGAUGACCCUCAGGUCGUCGUCAGGGUUGGAGAGCCUUACUCAUAUGGCCUCGCUGAGAUCACCGACAUGAUUUUUACUGCCAGGGGGCCAGCUGCCGGAGCUAUUGUUGUAGAAUGGAAUGUCCACGACCCUGCUGGCCAGCAAGGCGCCGCCGGAGCCUGGGAUACACAUAUCAUUCUAGGCGGCAAGAACGGAUCGGAUCUGCAGGCGUACAACUGUGCAGCUGUGUACUAUGACGUCAAUACUGAAUGCUACGCCGCUUUCUUGGCAUUGCAUCUCACACCUGGUUCCAGCGCGUAUCUUGAAGGACUUUGGGUGUGGUUGGCGGAUCAUGACUUGGAUUGGCCAGGCAACGCUCAAGUCAGCUUGUACAGUGGGCGCGGUAUUCUGUCAGAAUCUCUCGGACCCGCAUGGUUGAUCGGAACUGCCUCUGAACACAACGUCAUGUACCAGUACAGCCUGGUUGGUGCGCAAAAUCACUACAUAGGCACCAUGCAGACGGAGACGCCAUAUUUCCAACCGGAUCCCGCUCCGCCUGCUCCCUUCACUCCGAACCCGGCUUACCUUGAUCCUGAAGCCUGGUUUGGAGCAGCCCUUGCUCUCCAGAUCUCUUCUGCGGAGAACAUCCUGGUAUACGGUGCUGGUUUCUAUAGCUUCUUCCAGAACUACACCCAAACCUGCGAAGCUACCUUUUCGUGCCAGAUGCAGAUCGUGAACGUGGACACGCUUACGAGUGUCGGCAUUUACGGCCUCCAGACUGUCGAUAGCACGUUAUCGAGACGUCUCGCUAUCUUGGCAUUGUCAAACACGAUCCGUGGCGUACGCUGGGCGCGCGAUAAAAGCAGAUUAAAUAAUCUACUUACGCCGGACGGGAUGCCCGGCCAGGAAGAGGCGACGGACUGCCAGUCUUCAGAGAUCCGCCGCGAUGGGCAGCGUGGGAAGAGCAACUGCAUAUAUCCGGGGAACCAAAAUUCUUUUCGUCUCCCUCGCCUCCUCUACUCGCGCGAACUCUUCGAGCACAACGCAUCCUGCACCCUCUUGAUCUAUGAAAGUCUCCUCGCUAGCUGGGUACGUCGUGUUCUCUCCCCAACAACUCGUAUCAACAUUCUCUUCGGACCACUUGCAUUCCCCCUCGUCGACACCGACAGGCCUCCUUAG